AUGGAUUUACAAAGCUCUAUUUACAAGUGUAAAGAUUGUGGAUGUGAUAGAGAUCCAAUAGUUAAAAUAGUUGAAGAACCAGAAUAUAUCUUUAUCUACAUCGAAAGACAGGUUUCCAAAGAUAAAGUUAAAUAUCCAGUUGAUUUCGAUGGUAAACAAAUUGAAUUUUCAAAGUAUUUCAGUACUGAAAAGGAAAUUAAAUAUUCUCUGCACUCUGUGAUUUGCCAUGAAGAUGAUCCAGAGACUAAAGGAUAUUACUCUAUUCAAUUGAAGCAACAGAAUGGUUAUCUAAGAUGUACAUCAAAGAUCACAUUUGUUGAUGAUGAGGAUAUCAAACAAUUGAUCGAAGAAAACUCGGUGCUCUUUAUCUAUUCCAAGAAUGUUUACUCACAAAAGGUUGAUGAAACUACAAAGAUACCAACUAGACUCAGAUUGUCAAUCGGUCAAAAUGGUGCCACUGAACAGGUACUCCCCACAAAGACAAGCUCAUCUCCUAUGCCAUCGCCACAAUUUACUUCACCUACCCCGGUAAUACCAACCCCAAGUUCUUCUCCAAUUGCAUCCACAUCUGCUCCACAAACAACUGGUCCAACCACCUUUGCUCAACCCACAACCAGUCCAACCAAGUCUGUUCCACCAGCAACUGGUCCAACCACCUUUGCUCAAUCCACGACCAGUCCAAUCAAAACUAAUCCACAAACAACUAGUACAACAACAACAACUGCAUCUGCUCCAACAACUAGUCCAACCACAUCUACUGUAACCACACCUCCAACUACUCCAUCUCAUAUCAAUACAAAAUAUGUAGAUUCAUUCAGUAGUGUAAAUUCAAUAGCAGCUUUCAGCUUUGCCGGAGAGUACCAAUCCAAGGCCAACAGUCCAGCUGUCAAUGAACCAGUACAUAACGAACCUUUCAAUGCCAACAGUCCAGCUGUCAAAGAACCAGUACAUAAAGAACCUUCCAAUGUGAAAUCCAAUGUUAACCCAUCUUCACAAAAAUCGAUUCUUAACCAAACCACUAGCAUCACAGCCUCUCAGAUGUCAAGUAAAACGGUUUUCAAAUCUAAAUCGGUAAUCUCUGAUGUUGCAACAAACGACUCAUUUUUGGACUGGGUUAGCCAUAUGGAGGACUUUAGACCAGAAGUCAAAACACUGAUUUUGAAUGCUUUACAAUCCAAUGAUAUCAAGACAUUCUCAAUUGCCAUCACCCUUGACGAUAUUGUUGCUCAGCUCAUUGCAGAUGCCGGUGUAAAAGCUAUCCCAAUCAAAACAUUUAGAUCGAAACUCGCUGAAGUCAAACUAAAGAGACCAGAUUUCGUUUCAGUCAACUCUGUGUUUACCAAUGAAGAAUUCCCCCAUUGGCUCAGACAAGUAGGUCUACAUCCGAGUGACGUAGAGAGUACCAUAUAUAUACUCCAAGAGAAUGAGAUCUUCACAUUCAACGGUGCAUCCACCAACAAAGAUGAAUUGGAAUCAACUGGUCUACCAAAAACAAUUUGUUUAUUCCUUAAAAGACAAUUAGAGGAAAUCGAAAACCAACAACUCAAUUCAACAAUACAAUAA